AUGUUUGAACCUUGCGCGAAACGAGUAUUUGAUGAACAAGAAAGAGUACAAAAGAAGACUUUCGUCAACUGGAUUAAUUCACAUUUGUCAAAGCGCAUCCCGCCACUGCGUAUAGACGACCUGAUCUAUGACCUACGCGAUGGCACCAAGCUGCUGGCGCUGCUUGAAGUGCUGUCAGGCGAGAAGUUGCCCAUGGAGCGAGGACGGGUGCUCCGCAGACCGCACUUCCUUUCCAACGCGAACACGGCGCUUCGGUUCCUUGCCGGCAAGCGCAUCAAGCUGGUCAACAUCAACGCUGCAGACUUAGUAGACGGCAGACCCGCAGUCGUCCUAGGUCUCAUCUGGACCAUUAUCCUGUACUUCCAGAUCGAGGAGAACAGCCGAGCUCUCGAGUACCUCGGAGGCUCGAGGUGCGCUUCAGUCAUGUCCCAGGAGUCAGGCGCCGCCACGCCCACUCACAGAACCGAAGACAGAUGGAAGCAAGGCGCCAAGAAGACGCUACUGCAAUGGGUAGCAAACGCAUUACCUAAGGACUCCACCAUCCAAGUGACAGACUUUGGCCCGUCAUGGCGAGACGGUGUUGCGUUCCUCGCUAUAAUUGACGCGAUCAAGGCUAACCUGAUCAACUUGGCCGAGAUGAAGAGGAAAACCAACAGACAGCGUUUAGAACAUGCCUUCGACGUUGCGGAGAGUGAACUUGGCAUCGCUCGGCUCUUGGACGCCGAGGAUGUGGAUGUGGACAAACCUGACGAAAGAUCGAUUAUGACUUAUGUUGCUCAGUUCCUACACAAAUAUCCGGAACCUAAGACGACAGGACCGGAUGCCGUCGCGGCUGUCCAGGAGGAAUACGAAUCGCUCAGGAUGUGGCUGACGGAACGUGUCUCUAUAGUCCAAAGACAAUACGACACGCGGACCCUAUCACGGAACUACGAGGACUAUGUCCGUGCCGAAAACGAGCGGCUUGCUAGAGAGCCAAUAUAUCAGAAACUCGAGAAGCUCAUGUAUACGCAGAGCUUGGUAGCCAUAGCACCGAAGUCGUGGCGAGAGCUCGUGUCUCUCUGGAUCGAACUGGAGAGACUUCACAGAAGAUGGCUGUGGCUUUUGGACUCAGAAUUGCCCGGCGAUUUCAGAAUGGUCGGCGAAUGGUUAGCGAGAGCCGAAUACCUUUUAUACUUUGACGAAAUCCCUAACGAUUUAGAUGAGCGGACUGCCGCUUUAAUUAGUGAGAAAUUAGAAGAGCACACAUCUUUCUUCGCCGACCUUCCUAAUGUCGCCGACAGGUUCGAAGCGGCAUUACGAUCACCUGAUGCCUCUAGAAUUCCUGCUGAAAGGUUGCAAGAAAUGAAAGAGCGUUUAGAAACUGUUAAUCGAAGAGCUCCGCAGAGAAAAGCGAGAUUAAAAUAUUUAGAACACAAAUGUUGUAUCGUGGCUUUCACAGAACUGACUAAAGCGAAGUUAGCCACUUGGACCGCGAAAUGCGGUAGAGUAGAACACGUUCGUGCCUUAUUAGAUGACUACGAUAAUUUCGUAACUAAAAACAAGAUUUUCCAAGAAUUUGAUAAAGCGUAUGUUGAUAUUAAGCAAGUAGCAGAAGAAUAUAAGAGAGUAUGUGAAGUAGAUAGAACUGAAGCGAGAGAAAUCGAUUCGUUCCUAAGAGAAGUUUCGGAGACUUGGCGAAGGGUGGCCUCUGAUGUUAGGUGCGCGCGAAGUGUCCUUGAGGAAGUCAUUGCUCAUUGGGAGAGAUGGACGACUUUAGUUGAUCAGUUUACUACUUGGCUGGACAAAGCACAACAUAUGUUAAGAGUAUCUGAAGACGAGGGCUUAGAGUUCUUCCACGACCUUACCGUUUGGAAAGAGAAACAUCAGCUUUUGGGUGACGCAGCUGGAUUCCUUGCCGCUACAUGUUCUGAUGAAAUAAGUUCCGAGAUUAAGAGAAAGUACGUGGAGAUCACAGAACGUUGGGAACGUGUUUGGGAAGAGGCUGAGCGGUAUGUACGUGGAGGAGACGCUCUCCGUCACCGCCGCGAGUUGGCAUCUGGAAUCCAGACGCUGGACAACUGGCUAUCAGCCGCGGAGAACCUGCUGUCAAGGCAACCGCGGGCAAACACCACGGACAUACAAAACUAUAUCGAGCAGCUGCUGCAACUCAAUUCAGAAAUUGAACAUCAUGAAGAACUGUUUAAAACUAUUAGCAGAACCUUCCAAAACGCGAUCGCGGAUCUACCCCGCGAUGAGGUUGAGUCCAAUAUGACUAAGCUCAAACAACAGAAAGAGAUGUUGGUCAGAGUUCGAGCCACUGUUCCUGUCAAGCUACAUCAGUACAGACAACUACUGGUACAGCACGAGUCGCUAGAAAGCGGACAGAAGGAAAUCGGGCAGUGGCUGGAUAAGGCCGACGAAUUAUUGAGAACCACUACUGAAACAAGGCGCGAGGUAAUUGAAGAACGCUAUGAAAUUCACCGUACAUUCUUUUCGCGCACUACCUACUACCGUUCAAUGUUGGAGAGCAAGAAUAAAGUCUUCCAGAACAUUGUCAAAGCAGCCGAUGCAGACCGCAGUGCCGAUGUUACAGACCAAGUUCGUUUAAUGAAAGAUCUAAACGAUAGAUUUGCACAUGUCUCAUCGGAAGCUAUGCGUCAUGAAUCAGAAUUGCAACGGCUUGUAAGAGCCUGGGAUGAGUUUGAGACAAAGAAACGUGCUGUGGAAGAAUGGGCAUCACGAGCAGAAGCUCUUUUGUCAGAUAACAGAGUAGAUUCAAAACAGGCUGUUGAUUUCCAUAAAAGAUUCUUCCAAGAAGCUGACGGAAGGGCUGUUUCCGAGUUAGUGACGUCUGGAAGAGAGCUUAUUGAGCUAGUGAAUGCUGAGGAUCGACCCCAUAUUGUAAAGACCGUUGAAGACUUACAGCGUCGCUGGAAGGAACUUUUAGACUGUGCACCUCCACAUCUUAUGCGUUUGGAGUUCCGCCUUGAUGAGGCUGUCUUCCAUCACUGCAUCAAAGAUAUUGAGAAGGAACUUGUUUAUGAGGAACAGGCCUAUAAUCAAAGUGACGAUGCCGACGGCAUUCUUAUCAGAAACGAGGAGUAUUUCCGUAACCAAGGAAAGAUUAUGCAAGUGGAGCACUGCCUUCAGAAUUUAAAGAAAAUAUCUACAAGUUACACACAGCAGACUGGUGACAGGACACUUGAUGAAGCAGUCCGAAAAUGUGAACAGCAAUGGGAAUCCACGGUUCACAGAGUUGAACACUUCAGACAACUGUUGCAAAGAAUCCCAGCCAAAUGGGAUGCCUACCGGGAAAAGUUCCGGGAGAUGGAGAAAUGGAUGGACCAUGUAGAUAGAACUAUGGAUAGCAUAGUAAGAGAAGUUGACUCGGCUGAAGCUUUUGAAAGGGAAAAGACUAUAUUCCAGAAUAUUUGCCGUGAAGCCGAUAGAAAAAGGGAGGACAUGAAAUGGUUAGUCCAAACAUUAGACAUGUUAACACAUCAUUGUUCAGAAAUGGAAGCACAAGAUGAACAAAUAAAACUUGAAAACCUUAUUCAAAGGCGUGAAGUACAUGAGGUAAUAUGCAUAUUAGAAAGCGCAAAAGAACAAGCCAUGGUUGAGCCAGAACCUCAAUCUUUACAACAGGUUGAACAGUUGGUUCUUGAGCAACAAGCUGCUGUUCAAAAACUUGACCGCCAUCGGCCUUCUGUUAUGUCAAUGUUACAACGAGGUAAGGAACUCAUUAAAGACGCUAAUGCUCCCGCCUUUGUAAGGGAUGACGUCCGAAAUCUGGAAACUGGUUGGAAUACAGCAUAUGAGACUUCAACAGACCGUCUUCAUAAGCUACGCGAUACGCAAAAGGUUUGGUCUAAUUAUGAAUACCAAAAGGAGGAAUUAUUGUCAGAUAUUGACAAAAUUGAGAAUUACGUUGCGCAUCCAGGCUUAGAAUUGGGAGUAACUAAUGUAAGUCGUGAGCUUCACGAGACUAAAGUAAUAAAUGAAGAUUUGGAAAGAGCUAAACGAGAACGAUUACCACAGCUACAGCAAGCUUAUGCUGAACUACAGUCACUUACAGCCAAUAAGCCGAAACCUGUUAUUGAAAAAGACUUGCAAACUAUUGAACAAAAAUUGGAUAAAGUUCAAGAUGAAGUUCAUACCAAAGUCGAGCAUUUGGAGAGAUUUAAUGAAGAGUGGGUAAAAAUCGAGCGUAAAUUGGAACAUGUACGCGAAUGGAUUAAAAAGGAAAGUCCGGCUUUAAUUUCUCAGAUACGGUCUGAGAAUAUCACACCUGAAGAGAGGGUUGAGAAAUCGCAAGGUUUGCAGAAAAUAGUUGCUGAAAAAUUAGACAUUAUUAAAAAUGUUGCAGACCAAGGAAACAAGUUAGCUAUUGAACAUCGCAUACAUGACGCUAACAGGUUAAAAGGUGAAGUUGCAUUAUUAGAAAAAAUGAUGGCGGACCUUCAAAGAUCUGCGGAACAUCAGACCAAAGUUGUAGAACAUGAUCUUGCUAGUUGGCAGAAAUAUCAAAAAGGUGUUGCUGAAAUUAAGCCCUGGAUUGAAGAUGCAGAAAUUAAAUUGGCCAAUGUUCCUAAACCGACAACAUUACCAGAAGCUCAGCAGUUACAACAACACUCGCGGGCUUUGAUCACUGAUUGUGAAAAACAGUUGAUGAAUUUGCAAAUUCUGUCCAGUGUCAGUCAUCAGUUAUCUGGAAAAACUAGCGCUCCUGAUGAAGUAGAUGCCAUUCAUUCUAGAUGGGCAGUUGUUCAUGAUCAAGCUGAUCAAUGGAACAACAAAUUAGAGAAGCUCAUUACUAAUUGGGAAAACUUUGAGCGAGAAGCAGAAAAGCUUGAAAGUUGGAUUGAAAGCGGUGAAAAACUUCUAAGUAGUCGUAAUGUAACCGUCGAAUCACCGCAAGUUGAGAAAUUAGAUAGAGAAUUAAAUAAACUUAAAUCAUUUGGCAAUGAAAUUUCACAGCAGCAGGCAAAGAUAAUUACGUUAUCUCAAACGUGUGAUAAUAUAUGUCAUAGUGUACAGCCAGAAGGUGCUACUCUAUUAAAAAAUAAAGUAUCCGACAUUAAGGAUAGAACGAACGCUCUCGCUGAAACUGUUAGGGCCAAAAUAAAUGAGCUGUCGAAUAAAAUAAUUGUCCGACAGGAAUUCAUGACUAAACUUCAUAACUUCGACAACUGGAUUAAUGACUUUAAAAGGAAGGCUGAAAGCUUUGAUCAAAUAGGUGCAGAUAGAGUGGAACACUCGUUACAAUCUAUGCAUGUUUUGCUUCAAGAACAUGCAGCUAAAGCACCCGAGUUCGCUGAUAUUUACAAUGAAGUGAAAAAUAUGACGCUUACAUCUCAUCCAGACGAAUCACGAACUUUAAGUGACACUUAUACAAACAUCGCUCAGCAUUAUCAGUUCCUUGAAUCAGAUAUCCAACAAAAUAAAGCAAUACUGAAGAAAUGGUCCGAUUUACUUAACUGGUUUGAAGAUACUAAACAACAAUUAGCUCACAUUCAAUAUCAAAUCGAUGGACCUAAACUUACACCAGAAAGUUAUGAAGUGUUGCGCCAGGAGCUUGUUAAUAUUAUUACAAAAGUGCCUGAAUGGAAGAGUAAUGUUGUUCUACUUGAUGGACCAUCCAAAGUCAAAGUAACUGAUCAAAACACUGGUAGAAUAAUUUCACCUACAAGCUUAGUUAAAGAAAUUGAAAUGAAGGCUGAGACUUCAUUAAAUCAAGUCACAGCUAAAAGAGAUUUGGUUCAAAAGGUUGGUGCUAGAUGGGAUAAGUUUAACUUACAACACAAAGCAGUGUCUGAAGUCUUACACAACGUUCAGGUGACUUUGAAUGAAAUGGUUCAAAAACCUGUCCUACUGACUGAAGUUGCAAUUCAAGACUUAUCAGAACAAUUAGAUAAAUUGGAUACGGAACUUAAAGAAAAACAGUCUAUAAGGAAAGAACUACGAGAAGAGGGCUUACAUUUAAUGAGAGAGGAUCAACCUAACAUGGGAACAAUCCAGAAUUCACUAUCCGCAGCUGACAACAAUUGGGAUCAAGUGGUUAAUUCUGUUCGUGAUACUAAAAACAAAUAUAUUUUACUAUCGUCUACAUUGCAAGAGUUGAAGAAUUUUACUGUUGCGUUUGACCGAGAAUUAAAUAAAGCUCAACAACUACAUAAUGAAUGCAAAGAUGCUCCGAAUGAUUAUGUGCAAACCGCCCAGGCAUUAGAUAAAGCUAGAAAAUCAUAUGAAAUUCUUAAACGAUCUAAAGGUUUGUUAGAUCAAAUGGACGUCAUUAAGCAAUCUGUACUAAAACAAGCAUCAACAUUAGGAGGAUUUGACACGAGUCCUUUAGAAAAUGCAUUCUUAGAAUCUCAGACACUUUGGGAAAAAGAAAAUGAUGCCAUUAUUAAGAGAAUUCAAGAUUUGGAAUCCCAACUUCUAGUCUGGCGCCAGAUUGAUGACACGAAGAAUCAAAUAGUUACCUGGUUAAGUGAAACGGGGCAAAAUUUAUCGAAUGCCUGUGAUAAUUUGGAAAUAAGAUUCGGACAAAAUCAUCUUACAAAUUAUAAGGAAGAGUUGCCAAUAUACACUGGGCUUAAGAAUAGUAUAAAAGCUAAAUGUGAACAGAUUACUAACCUUAAUAAAAAUAUUCCUAUGGGACAAGUUUCUUCUAUAAUUGAAUAUCUAGAUAAAGAAUUUGAAGCAUUGCAAACGUUAGCUGAUAACUUGGAAAGCGCAGUUUCGUCUUUAGAGUCUAAAGAGAACAAAUUAAAAGAUAAUAUUAAACGUCUUUCUGAUGGUGUUAGCAAAAUCAGAGACGAUAUUAUUAAAUGUGACGAUAUGUCUGGAGAUAAUGCUAAGAUAUUAGACCGCUUAAAGAAAUGUCAAGCUUGCAAAACUGAGCUACAAAAUCUAAGUGAUGAGAUUGAUAACCUCUCUCAAAAUGUUUCUGAAAUGAACGCAAACUAUCCAGGAUUCUAUGAAUCAUUGGUUCCAAAAGAACUUAAUACAUUACAAAAAAGAUUUGAAAGUGUAACAGUACAUGCUAAUAAAACCGAGAUAACUCUUUUGACUUUCUUACAAAAACUCUUUACCGAUAAACUCAGUAUGUUUAAUAGAAAUUUAAAGAUUUUAGAUGAUAAGACAAGAUGGUGUGUACCGGAUGUGUCAAGUGAUAAAUAUAACUUAGAAGUCAAAGCUGCUGCUCUUGCCGAUGUUGAGAAUGGCAUCGCUGAUUGUAAUCAAAAGGUGAAGGAAUUAAAGGAGGCUUGUGAAAUACUGCGUGUUGUCGCUGAACCUGCAACUACUCAAGAAGCAGCAGUCCAAACAGAGAAAGCCCAAAAGAAUCUAAAUGUUUUGACAGCAAACUAUGAAGAAAUAAAAAAUAGACUGCAAGGAAAUAUUGAAGCUUGGCAAGAAUAUGAAACAUUAUUAGAAAAUGUUUCAUUGUGGUUGAGAGAGAAGGAAAAUCAAAUAAGACAAGAAUCCGCUAAUCUACACGAUAUGAAUGCAAUUAAAGAUAAAAUUAUUGAAAUCGAAGAACUUAAUAACGAUAUUAAAAAAUACGGAGAAGAAAUUACUAAACUAACAGCUAUUGGCGACAAGAUAUUAUCCUGCAAUCCUGAAUCACGCGUACUGCAACAUAUUAAUCACCUAGUAAGCAGAUAUCAGACUGUAAGUAAGUUCAUGGAUAACCAUCUAAGUAGACUGAAAGACCUUCAGAACAAUAAAGGAACAUAUGACAAAUCAAUCAUGGAGUUUAAAAAUUGGCUUGAAGAUGCUAAUUCAAAGAUCGCAGACUUAGCUGCAAUGAGUAAGCACGCUAAGCCAUCUGCCGCUGAUUUAGCACAAGUGAAAAAACUUAGCGAAAACAAAGAAAUGGGUCAAAAAUUGCUAAAUAAUGCUAUCGAAUCUGGUGAAGCCUUAUUCAGUGGAAUUAAUCCAGAAGGACGUGAACAAGUGAGAAAUGAACUAAGAGCUUUAAGAGAUUAUUUUGAAGAUUCUGUCGAUUCAUUGAAUAACGUUAUUAAAGAUAUUGAAACAACUAUAAACAAAAGGUCUUCAUUCGAUGACACCUUCAACCAAGUGCAGAAAUGGAUAAGUGACAAGGAAAAAGAAUUAUGCGAUUUCAAGUUAUGCUCUACGUUACCUGAAAAGAAAGCGCAACUUCAUGCUAACAAGAUCUUACUUCAAGAAGUUGAAUUACACGAAUCGAUGCUUUCACAAUUAACGGAGAAAAUUAAGUUAAUGCCCGAUGAGGAAGCGGAGAAAAGUCUUUCUAAAACAAUAGAGCGAUAUAAAGAUAUGUCAAAAGAACUUGGUAAAAGAAUAGCUGCUUGUGAAUCCCACGUUUCAGAUCAUGAAAAGUAUGGGCAGAUGUUUGAAGAAACUCGUGAUCGCCUUAAUCAUAUCAUUGCUGAAAAUAGUAUGCUAACUUACAGUGUUGUAACACAAAAGGACGACGUUGACGCCAAAAUCACUGCUAUAGAGAAGGUCACGUCUAAAACACAGAAUGUUAAGAAUAUUCUCGAUGAACUAAAAUCGCAAUUACACACUGUCUUAGAAAAUACAAAUGCGAAUGGACAUCCUGUUCUUAUAAGUGAUUUCGAACAAUUAAAAGCUACUUGGGACCAAUUUACUACGCAGUGUGAAGAACAAGAUAAAAAGUUGAAAGAUAUGUUGAAGCAGUGGAAUGAAAGUCAAAAAACUCUUGAUGAACUUGAAGAGUGGUUAAAAAUUAAGGAAAAUCAACUCAGAGAUCAAAGCCUUAAAAAUAAUCUUGAGGCUAAAAUAGGUCACUUGCGAAAAGUUAAGGAGAUACGAAGCGAGCUAGCUUCAAGAAACGCAGAUUUCGUUGCCCUGACAAGUAACAAACAACCUGUUUCGAGUGAGUCUGAAAUUACAAACAAGACAUCUAAAUUGACGACGCGUUACCAUACCUUAAACAAUCUUGUAAAUGAAAUUAUUUCCAAGUAUGAAGUAUUUGUAUCUGAACACAGUGCUUUUGAGAAAGACUAUAAUGAUAUGGAAAACUGGUUGCUAGGUAUGCUUGGUGAGCUACAAGACCUUAAUGAAAUAGUUGGAGACUAUGCCAUUUUACAAGAGAAACAGAACAAAGCUAAAGAGCUUUAUGAAACUAGGAACAAGAAAACCCCUGCUUUCGAAGAAUUUCUCAGUUUAGGAGAAAAGCUAUAUGCACACACUAGUCCCGAUGGUAGAGAAGUUAUACGUCAAAAGAUUCGAAAAAUUAGAACUUUAUGGGACAGUUUUGGUGAUAGUUUUCAAGAGACCGUCAAUAAACUGGACCAAUGUCUCUUACAAUUUUCUGAUUUUUCUUUAGCUCAAGAGCAACUAACUAAAUGGUUAAAAGAUGUUGAAAGAGCAAUGCAGCGUCAUACCGAGUUAAAAGCUUCUUUAGAAGAAAAGAAAGCGCAGCUACAAAACCACAAGUUAAUGCACCAAGAAAUAAUGACUCACCAACAACUUGUCGAGUCUGUUUGCGAUAAAGCUCAGCAGCUUGUUGAUCAAACACACGAUGCAUCAUUGAAUGUAUAUUUACAAUCAAUAAAGCAAUUAUUUCAGAACAUUGUAACUAAGUCCCAAAACUUACAAGAUAAUUUAGAGGACUGCGUAAAACGCCACGAAGAUUUAGUACGUCUUAUCCAACAGUUUAAAGAAUGGUUGGGUUCACAAUCAGAAAAAAUAUUGGACUGCGAAAAUGCUACUGGUGAAAAACCUGAAAUUAUUAGAAAACUACAGACUGUUGUUUCUUUAAAAGACAUCGAAAAAAUUGGUUCUAGUAAAUUAGACGAAAUCGGAUCUAUAUUUACCUUGGUUAGCAAAAGUACAUCUGAAGCUGGCAAUACAGCCAUUAAAACAGAAAUUGAUAACUUACUUGCUCAACUUCGCAACGCUAUUGACAACAUUGGAUCUUCAGAACAUAAGCUAAAAAGUACUUUAGAUAUUUGGAACAAAUUUGAUUCUUCUAUUGAAGCUAUUACUGAAUGGCUAAAGGACAUGGAAACUAAAUGUCGCGAUCAGGCACUAUGUUCAACAUUACAAGAAAAGGAGGCACAGUUAAAGAGAUACGUUGAUCUUCGUAACGAUAUCCAUGCAAAAGAAAAGGAAAUUGACUCCUUUGUUGAUGAAUCACAUAAUCUUAUACAAAUAAGUGGCGUUGAAAGACUUAAGCCUCUUGUAACACAAGUCAGCAGCCGCUACCAACAGCUGCAUGUUAUUUCGAAAGAAAUUCUUAAUCAUUGGUCCGAAGUGGUUGCUGAUCAUAAGAAAUAUAUUCAGUUGAGAAACGAAUUUGAAACAUGGUUAAAACCCUUAGAAGAACAACUGUCACAGAUGAUAACUAAAGAGGAUAAAUUAAGUAUUGAAAACAAGGGAAACAAAUUGCAAGUAUUUUUACUCGAAAGAGACAAUGGCGAACACAAGAUUGGUAUUCUGACAACAGCGGGUGAUAAAGUGUUGCCUGAGACUGCUGCAAACGGCAGGGAGAACAUUCGUACUGAAAUAAGAGUUUUAAGGGAAAGGUGGGAUCAAUUAAACGAUAGUAUAUUACAGCAGCAGAAAGAAUACGAGUCUCAAACGUUACAGUGGUCUAGCUAUCAAGAGGUGUUACAACAAACUUUGUCCUGGUUAGAUGAAAAAGAAAAAGUUGUUGAAAAUGAAGAAAAAGCUGUCCUAAACUCAGCCCAAGAAAUUAAAUCAAAGCUUCUUAAAAAUAAAACAUUAUUGCAAGAAAUUCUCUCACACAAACGGGUAAUUGAAACAGUUACUGAAAAAGCUAAAAGUGUAGCUUCUACCCUCCUUACAGGUAAAGAAGAAAAUGAUGAAAUGUCAAGCCUAAUUCAAUCUAUUUGGGACAGAUAUAAUGCUUUGACGAAUAGGUUGUCAAGUAUAAUUGAUAAACAUGAAAGUACGUACGAAAUCUAUCAAAAUUUCGCAGAUCAACAAAAAUCGUUGCAAGACUACCAAAAACAUUUGUGGGACCGUCUGCAUUUACUGUCUGAUUUUACUGGAAAUAAAGCUGCUCUUCAGAGCAAGUUAGCAAAAAUUCAAGAACUACUUGACGCUAUACCGACAGGCAGCAAUAAGCUUAAAAUUUUAUCCGAUCUAAUAGAAAAUAACAGUACGGAGUUAUCACCUAGAGGUAAAGAUGGUAUGUCACGUGAAUUAAGUCUCCUCAGGGCUGAUCUUGAAAAGUUUACUACGACUGUUCAUGAUGUCAAGCGUGGCAUUGAAGACAAAAUACAGCAGUGGAUUGAGUUUGAUAGCGCCAAUGACCGCCUACAGCACUGGCUCAGUGAUACAGAAAUGAGCUUAAAAACUUAUACACCUAAAGCCACUUUGGAGGAAAAAAUUGACCAACUUAACAAAUACCAGGCAAUACUGGCUAACCUUAAAAAGACAGAAAACGAUGUAGAUAAACUAACUGAUGAAUUCAGUGAUCUCAUUGAAAAUUGCAAUGAUACCAGAAUUACUAUGAAUCUCCAGCAAAUGACAUCUCGCUUCCAAUCUGUGCAUUCUACUGCCAAAGAACUUGUUAAGAAAUGUCAGCAAGCAGUUAACGAUCAUAAUGCGUAUCAAGAGAAAUAUAACCAGUGUACGGACUGGAUUAAAACAGCACAAUACAAAUUUGAAGAAUGCCAAAAAAAAUUAUCAAAUACUCCUGAAGGAAUAAAUGCUAAACGGGAAAGCUUAAACGAGUUGAUGAGUCAACAGCGCAAUGCAACUCUCCUAAUGAAUAACACAGUUGAACUUGGUGAGAAAUUAUAUCCAUCUACAUCACCAGAAGGAAAAGAAUUGAUAGAACAACAGUUACAGGAUAUUCAACAGGCUAUAGACAACUUGUACGACAGUAUCACUAAGGCUGAAAGAGACUUGGAUUCUGAACUGAGCAAGUGGUCGUCUUUUGAAGAUAAUUUGAAGGCUGUACAAGAAUGGUUGACUAUUGCUGAAAAGAAUCUUCCAAAAGAGAUAGAAUUAAAAGCUACUUUGGAUGAAAAACGUCAUCAACUUAAUGUUUAUAGAAACUAUCUACAAGAUGCUAUUGCCCAUCAACAAAGUAUAAUUGAUUUAGAAACACGGGCUCAGAGUUUACCCGACGUAACGAAAGAUAUUAGAAAAGAGAUAAAUCAACUAAAGCAAAGGCAAGAUGCAAUUCUUGCAAGGGCGAAAUCUUUUGUUGAGCAAUACGAAGCUAUUGUCAACAACCAUCAACAAUAUACUAAAGCUGUUAUGGAUCUGCAGGAAUGGAUAGAGGCAACUCAUAAUACCGCCCAACUUUGGGGUGACGUCAACUUAGAAAGAGUAGCUUUAAGUAGUAACUGCGAGAAGCUAAAAUCAUUACAAGUAAAUUUACCGGAGGAAAAGAACCGCAUCGAUAAAAUACGAUCAUUGGGUGAGAAAGUCUUGCCUGGCACUGUGAGUAGCGGUCAGGCUAAUAUACGAAAUCAAGUUGAUGCUUCCCACCAAGAAUGGGAGGGCUUGGUAUCUUUUAUUAAUAAAACAAUUGAAGGCUUAGAAAACAAAAUUCAGCAAUGGAAUGAAUACGAGAAUAUGAAAGAUCAAUGCUUGGCUUGGAUUAGAAAUACAGAUAAUCAAAUUCAUGCAGUUGACCUUAAGGCAACACUAUCUGAAAAACAAGAACAAUAUAAUAAGUUUCAAGAACUUCAGGGAGAAGUUCGUGCAAAAGAACUUGAAAUCGAUAACAUAACAGAGAAGGCCCAACAUCUAUACACGGGUAUGCUUGGACCUCGUGGUUCACAAAUAUCAGACCUUACUGUAAAAUAUCAAACCUUAUCUCAAAAAGUAAAGGAUUUAACAAAUAGAUGGCAACAUUACGUUAAAACUCAUCAAGAGUUCACAACCAAUGUCGCUGAAUGUUCCCAAUGGAUUGAGGAGUUAAGAGAUAAGUUGGACUUUUGCGCUGAUUUGAGCUCAUGUUCACAAGAUGACUUAGAAACAAAGCUAGUGUUGAUUCAAAAUCUGCUGCUAUCGAAAGAUGAAGGAUUUACCAAAGUACAAUCUUUGGUUGAACUAGCGCAAAACGUAAUGGCUAACACUGCACCGUCUGGCCAUGAAGCUAUUAAUAACUCUUUGGUCACUUUACAAGAACAGUGGUCAGCUUUACUGUCAAGGAUGAUUGAAACUAAGAAUAUGUUGGACGAUUCUGUAACAAAAUGGGCAGGAUUUUUGGAACAAAUACAAUUCGUUGAUAAAAGCAACACUUGGCUGGAAAAUAUGCUUGCAGAGUUAACGCCUUGUGAAAGUUCCAUGUCCGAAAAGAGAGCUCAAUUAGAAAAACUGAAAGAAGUUGAAGAAAAAGCACGCUGUGAUCGACUAGAUGUUGAUACUCUUAAAGCUAAGGCGGCUGAAAUGAUUGCAAGCGGGCAACAAAAUCAGGCUGCUACUAGAGCCCAAGAAGCUCUUAACAAGUUUGACUCACUUUAUGACAAAAUUAAGAAAUUGCUUUCAGACCGCGAAGAGCAAUAUAAAGAUCAUCGUUUAUACAAGGAAGCUCAUGAUGAACUUAUUCAGUGGUUGAGCAGAGCAAGAGAAAAAGUCCCUUCGUUAAAAUCUAAACCUUUGAGCGACAAGUUAGCAAUCGAAAAUGCUGUAGCUCCGUUAGAAACACUUAUUAAUAAACAAGCUCAAGGGGAGUUGUUACUAGAACACUUGCAGCAUACUGGUGAAGUUGUCCUUGCUAGUACUUCACCUGACGGACAAAUAACAAUUAAAAAUGAAAUGAAAGCUCUUAAGGAAAGCUUUGAUGAUCUUUUCAAUGAGAUUAAACAACAAAAGAACCAACUGGAAGAAACAAUCAACCAGUGGCGUGAGUACAAAGAUGAAUACGAGAGGCUUUCAGACUGGUUGCAACAAAAAGAAAUUCUCAUCAAAAAUCACAAAUUAGUAUUGCACGGAACAGCUAAAGAAAAGGGGGCUCAAGUAAAUGAAGUAAAGGAAAUAGUAGAUCAACUAAGUAAAGGUAAAGCUGAUAUUGAUAAAUUCAAUGCUUCCGCUUCCGGCCUUCUGUCUUCACAUUUGGACACUUAUGUAAACAACCAACUUCGUCAUCUUAACUCCAGAUACCAGGUUCUGGUAAACAUGGCGAAUGACGUAUUGAAGAAGGUAGAAACUAAUUACGAACAGCAUCAAAACUAUGACGACAACUAUGUUAAGACAAAGAAAUGGAUUGAUGAUGCUUGGGAAAUUACUCGAAGUGGUAGCGAGGCUGGUAGCAAUAGCAGCAAAGAAGCAUUACAGAAACGUUUAGGACAAAUUGAGGAUCUCCUAAGACGCCGUGAGGAAGGUCAGAAUCUAGUCCACGCUACUGUUAACAGCGGGGAGAAAGUUUUGAGGAACACACGAUCCGACGGCAAAGACAAAAUUAACACUGAAUUAAAGGAGUUGCAAAAUGAAUGGGAUCGUCUUGUUAAGAAAAUGACUACAGCUAAGGUUCAUCUGGAGACUGCUCUGCUACAAUGGGCAGAUUACAGUUCUAGUUACUCUCAAUUACAACAAUGGAUAUCCGACAGGGAGGCGAAAUUACAAGAAGUGUGUGAACAAAAAGUUGCCAAAUCUAAGAAAGGUCAAGAUCGCCUUGCUGGUCUCACUACCGGUCUUAGUCUCGGCGAAAGAAAAGCUACACUUCGUCAAACAAACAAUAUUGUACAAGAUAUCGUUUCGUUUGAGCCCAUGAUACAGUCUGUAACUUCUAAGGCUUCGGAAUUGAUGCAACAGGCGCCUGCGUCUGAAAUUACCAGCAAGUACGAAACAUUGUCAAAGCAGGCUAAAGAUUUAUAUGAAAAACAGAAGGAAACAGUCGAACAACAUCAAGCGUUUAUUGAUGCUGGUACAGAUUUUGUCCAAUGGAUUAGAGCCGCUAAGGAGAGGUUAGGAAAAUGCUCCGACGCGACCGGCGACAAAGAAUCUCUAAGCAGUAAAAUAUCACAGCUUAAAGUGUUAGAAAGUGAACUACCUGAUGGACAAAAGAAGCUGCAGAAAGCUCUUGAACAGGGAGAGAUUUCUUGUGGUCUGGCUGACGAGGACGACAGAGAGGAGAUAGAGGAAGAAGUGGCUCUAUUGCAAGAAGAAUUCGAUACCUACGUGGAACAAUUGAACAAUACUAAAGCAUUAAUCGAAGGAGGUAUCGUGAAGUGGACAGAAUAUGAAGAGCAAUAUAAGGAAGCCUUGGAUUGGUUGUCUAAGACUGAGAAACUCGUGCAAUCUUUUAACAAGUUGCAGAAUAAUCUGGAGCAGAAGAAAGUUGUUCUUGAAGAGUUCCAGGGCCACCUUCAAACCUUAUUCGACUGGCAAGCUGACUUAGACAAACUAAACAUGCGAGCGCAGACACUUCUAGAAACCUGUGCGGACACAAGGAUCUCUAAUGGUAUCACCCAGCUAACUACAAAAUACAACGCCUUGUUGUCUUUGGCUAAGGAGGUCAUGAAGCGACUUGAACUUCAUUACCAGGAACACCAGCAACACAACGCUCUCUACGGAGAAUGCCAAGACUGGCUGGACAGGACUCGUGAGAAGCUCAACCAGUGCGCUGACAUACCGAACAACCUCCAAGAAGUCAACAAUAAACUCAACACGGUGAAGCUUCUCCGCCAGUCUCUGGAACAGGGCCAGAACAAGUUGAGAUACCUUCUGGAACUCAAGGAGAAGGUGACAAUGAACACGGAGCAGGCCGGCGCAGCGAAAAUACAAGAAGACACGGAUAAUUUGAAACAGGAAUUCGAUAAGCUAAUCGCCGACUUGCAGGACGUGCGUAAUAAGUUGACGAGCAGAGCCUCACAGUUUGAUGAUAUUUCUAAGAUUCACAAACUCCUGGUUGAAUGGCUUGAUGACAUAGACCAGAAGAUACAAUCAGAUGACUCACUUCUCAAUGACCUGUCGGAAAAGAAGGCCAAGUUGGAGAAAUUCAGGACCUUCAACAGAGAUAUCGACUCCCACAAAGACCUUGUCAAUAAGCUCAAUGAAAAGCUUCAAGAGGAUGCAUCGUUGAAAUCCAAGGACAUCGAAGACACCUUGAAGAGGUAUGAAGACAUCAAGAAGACUGUCAGUGAGAUGAUUGGUAAAGUGGAAGACUACGUGAAUUCCCACAUACAAUACAAAGAAUCCUAUGACAGCUUCUACGACUGGAUACGCAACUGUAAGAUCGAAAUCCAACAAUGUUCCGACUCUCAUGGGGAGAAGCAAGAAGUGCAGAAGAAACUGAUAAAUGUCAACAAAAUCAUUGAAUCUUUGCCAAAAGGCGAAGCAUUGCUUAAAAAGGCAAUACAGCUGAGUGAAGCUGUGUUAGAAACGACUGGAAAUGAAGGCAAAGACAACAUUAACCAGGAGAUCAAACAGUUGAAGAUAGAGUGGGAGAACUUGCAGCACAUUUGCAAGGACACCAAGAAGUUGUUAGAGAAAUGCCUCUCUGCUUGGUCAGACUUCUUAGAGACGUCGGAGAAGAUGAGCAAGUGGGUCAAAGAUUUCGAUGGAAAGUUAAGUGCAGUCCAAAAGGUUGAUAAGAUCACUCCUGAAUAUCUGGAUAAGUGCCGCGACUUACUUGCUCAGGCGCUUGCAAACAAACACGUUUUAGAAGAACUUAAUGACAGAUGCGAAAACCUUAUGGAACUCAGCGCUUGCGCCUGGGUCCGCGACAAAACUGUAAAUCUACAAACUGAAUAUACAUCCUUAUUAACGAAGAUACAGAGCUUAGUUUCCAAUGGUGAGAAGAAUUUAUCAGAUCAUACUGAAUUUAUCAAAGCCAAGGAAGAAUUGCAGCAAUGGUUGGAGACAGCUCAUGGUACAGUACAAGAUUCAAUAGGAGUUGGUGACAUUGAAACCACCAAGGACAAGCUCGAAACUGUUAAGCUCGUUAGUAACAGAAUGACGGAGGGCCACCAUCUACUAGUCGUCUUACAAGAGGCGUUUAAGAAAGCCCUUAACAACACUCCACCUGAGGAACAGGACAGUUUGCGCAGCGACGUCCAGAUUCUUCAAGAAAGCUGGGAUCAGCUGAAAAUCGAUCUAAACUCUAUAACUGCUCAAUUGAAAGCAGCAAUCGGCAAAUGGGAAGACUUCGAAGAAUCUAAGAACAAACUCAACCAAUGGCUCAACGACACUGAACAGAACCUUGAUAAAGUGCCUGCAACGGGUGGAGAAUUAGGCGAGAUGAAGACAUUGCUCGAAAAGUACAAACACAUUGAAGAUGAAAUCGAUAACAAGAAGCCAGAAAUGGACAGGCUUAAAGACGAGGCUGCCGAGCUUAGCGCAUGGGCAAGGAAACCAGCCGUUAAAGAAUCAGUGACGGACAUCGAAAAGAAACGCAACGCCUUAAGAGCCAAAUGCAGUGCAAAGAAAGCAGAACUAGAGAACGAAAUCAAAGAUUACAAUCAGUACCACCAAUCGUUGCAAGAUACGGAGAAAUGGCUCUUGCAAGUCUCAUUUCAGCUCAUGGCUCACAAUUCGCUUUACAUUGCCAAUAGGGAGCAGACAGAGGAACAGUUGGCUCAACAUGCAGUGUUACUGGAUGAUAUACAGAAGUACCGAUCCACACUAGACGUUUUGGAAGCUAAGGGUCGUGCUCAAAUCGAGCGUUACGAGGGUACCACGCCGUCCAUCCGUGACACUGUCGGCAAACAGCUGAAGAAUGUCAAUGAUAGCCACAAGAGUCUUUUGGCGACUGCGCUACAAAUCGAAAGGCGCCUCAGAGAGGGUCUUGCUAAGUUUAAGGAAUACGAAGAUACUUUGGAGAGUAUAUUGAAUAAUCUAGACGAGUGUGAGCCAGCCAUUACCGAGCUCGACGUUCCGGUCGAUGGACUGUCUCAUGGCCGCGAUUUGUUGGACAGAGCAAGGGCGCUGCAUAACCGGCUGCAGACGGAGAAGGCGCGGCUGUCGGCAGCGGUGGCUGCGUGCUCGGCGGCCGCGGCGUCCGUGUCGCGGCCCGCGUCGCCCGCCGACUCCGCGCCGCUGCCCGUGCCGCCGCGCGAGCUGCUCGUGCGCGCGCGCCUCGAAGACCUCAUCGAUCAGAAACGUUUGAGCGACUUGGGCGCGGCGCCACGAGUUGAUGUGUUGCUUAAGAGCCUCGAAGCGCCCGAAUUCAGCGAGAAACUGACCACUUUCGAGCGUAAGGUACAAAGUCAUCUUGAAACCCUCGGAGAUGCUGUCCAGGGAAUGGAAGACGCCAUGAAACAAGUGCUGGAAAUCCAAGAAUGGAUCAACGUUCACAAAGCUUUAGCCCAUGAUUGGCUCUCAAAUCCAUCGAAACUGCGACCCGAAGCGGCUAAAUAUGAUAUGGCUGCUAUGAAUGAUGCUUUGGCUUCCCUGGCUGAAAAGAGGAAUCGGCUGCUAACUGAAAUUCCUACAGAAGGGCUAGAGGAUGAAAUAAACCUUGAAGAAGAACUGGACAACCUUGAGAGGACAAUACUUCAAGCAAUAGAAAGAGAAAAGUCUAACCAAGGCAUCAUUGACGACUUCCGCCACAAGUGCCAGGAAAUCCACGACUGGUUUGAUUCGGUUUUGAAGAAAAUGUGUCUUGCAGACAAAGGCUCUGGUCUACCAUGCCCUCAAAAACUAAGCGCAUUGAAAGAGCUUUCAGCCGAGUUUGGUCAAGCUGGAAAAGAUAAGGUUGAUAACAUCAAGGCUGUUGGAACGCAGGUGAUCAACAUUGUUAGUAAUUUGGAGUCUCAACAAGUAGAAGAACAAAUGAAGUCGGUCGAAAGAAGAUAUAAUGAUAUUGCGAAACGGAUCCAGCGCAAGCUGCAGAUGCUUGAAAUCACCUACAAAGCUAUCGAUGGAACUAAGAGCGAGGUCAAUGCUCAAAAUGAAUGGUUGCAAAAGGAGAUCGACAAUAUUCUUCACCCAGAGCCACUUGGCUAUGAAAGCAAAUCAGUCAAAGAGAGACAGAAGAAGAUAGCUAAUCUCUUGAAGGAAACUGACGGAAAGAAGACCGUCAUUGACUCUCUGGAAAAGAAAGUAAGCAACAUCCAAGCUGAGCUUGAACCUUCCGAACAAAUGCAAUUAGAGUCAGAAUUGUCAGAACUUUCUUCAAAACAAAAACAACUGGCUUCUCUUAUCAAACAAGAGAUCGAAAGAUUAAGUGGAUGUGCUGAAGUUAGAAAGAAGUUAGAAAACGAUGUUGAAAAGGCCAAGAAUUGGCUCAAAUCUAAAUUAGCUGAAAUUAAGAAACUCGGAGGCCCUGUUCCAUUAGAAGUAGCUAAGGUUGAAAAGGAAAUCGCUGUUCACAAGAAACACCAAAGUGAAUUAUCGGAUUUCAAUACCGAUACACUUUCCGAGGUUAUACGUCAAGGAAAUGCUGUCUCCAAAGAUUGCUCCCCAGAAGAUCGUGCAAAAUUACAAACCCUACUGGAAGGUCUAAAUAAAUCUUACACGUCUGCUAAAGUAGACAUAGAUGACAAACUGACGGCUUUGAAUAAGUUGCUUCAAGGUAGGAAUGAAUUUGAAAACGAUGUUGCAAAAUGCCAGGGCUGGCUGAAUGAAGCUGAAGUCGCGGCUACUCCUGAACUGCGAACAACAAGUCUACAACUCUUGGAAGAACAGUUGGCCAAGUUCGAAAAACUUAGCAAAGAAGCCGAGGAUAUGGAGAAGAAUAUCAUCAAAAUUAAAGACAAAUCAAAGGACAUCAUGGAAACCUUAUCAGACUCCAACAAACUGCAACUCAAAGAACAAGUCAAUGUUCUUUCUGACAAAUUCGCUAGAAUUAACGCUAUUAUAAAUGACAAAAAGAAUAUCUUAAUUAAACACAUUAAAGAAUACAAAGAUGCAGCGGCUAAGAUUGCAGCCGCUCUAGAGUUCCUUAAUGAAAUCCAGAACAAACUUAAAGCUCUAAACAAACCUAUAGGCAGUAAAGUUGAGGAUGUUCAACCCAUCAUUCAAGCUUACGAAUCCAUUCUUGCUGAUCUUAAGAAGAAUAAGUCCAUGUUGAAUGAACUGCAAGGGGGAAACCUACAUGAUCUUCAAGAUAUACUCUCUCAACAGGAUGACCUAAUAAGCACCAUAGAAGAUCAGAUUUCGAAACUGAAACAGCUUCUGCUCCUUCGUGAGCAAUUCUUCACCCUCGUUAAGGAAAUUGAAGAAUUCAUUGCUAAAUAUACAGACGUUACCGCCGAAAUCGAAAGGUCUAACGACUCUUUAGAAGACAAGAUCAAGCGCUAUGACGACAUCAUUGUUAAGAUCCAAGGAUGCGAAGCACUUCUAGCGACUGCUACGGACAAGGGUCAGCAAAUCGCAGCGGAAGGAACUGUCAUCGAUAGAAACAACAUCACUGAGCUUCUGCAGUCCCUGAAGCAACAACUCCUAACCUUGAGAAGAACUGUAGAAUCAAAGAGGCAGGAACAUGAAAGGGCCGCCGCAGAGCACAAGAAACUUGCAGCUGAUCUGGCGGAAAUAUUACAAUGGCUACAUGACAACGAGGCCGCAGUGCACUCACGGCCGCUAUUAAACAGAGACGUCGCUAGCGUCGACAAGAAGCUAAUCGAACACGCCACUCUAGCCAAGAAUGUACAGUCGUAUUUGGACAAAUUCACAAAGAUCUCUGACAUCAUAAAAGCUGAUGAUGGUGUACCUGGUUCUCUUCUCGAAAUGGUAUCGGAGGGUAACUCGCUGAAGACAUCACUACCAGACGAAUUAGCUAACAGAGAAAAACACUUAAAAGACAACAAGAAGUACAGGCAGCAGUAUAUCCAAAUGGUCGAGAAGUUGAACAUUUGGGUGAACGAGGCUGGAAUUAGACUGGACAUGGGUAAAAACGGCACAGAUUUUGAAAACAUCGAGGCAGAUUUGGAAGAACACAAGUCAUUUUUCAAUACCUCCGAACCGGAGAUGAAAGAUUUGGUCGGAAAGAAAAUGCAGGAUAUUGUUGACAAGAUAUGGCCAUCUCUCACUGCCUCUGAACAGGAAGAGUUGUCCAAAGACCAUCAGAAACACAACCAACUUCUGAAGAACACACUGAAUUCGGCCAAGUCACGCCAAGCGCAACUGGAACAAGACUUAGAAAUCUGGAAAGACUUCUGCCAACUGGUGGAGAAGAUCAAGGCCAUUCUGGACAAGAAUGAUAUCCAGGAUGAGACGGUCACAUCGGUGGACGCCUUGCGAAUGUACCUGGAGAAGCUCAACCAUGCCAGAAACGAUUUAGAGAAUCAACAGCCGCUCCUAGACGUGGUCCGGGAGCGGGCUCGCGAGCUGUGCAGCGGCGCUGACGCUGCUAGCGGGGAGAGAGUUGAGCAGAAGACCAGGGAACUCGCUGAUCGUUGGAACGUAGCGUGCGAAGGUUUAGCCAAACGCGCUACCACAGCGGACAGCCAACUCCAACGCUGGACCCAACUUCUAGACACGCAGAGGAGCUUAGCAUCUGCAAUAACAGCUGCAUCAGACCGCCUGCGCCAGUUGGACGCAAAUCCCAGCACCAGGCGUCGUGCGCUCGAUACAAGACAUGCGUUGCAGGAGCUGCAGACAGACGUAUCAGGACUGGAAGAGAGCAGGGACGAUCUGCUCGAGCACGCCGACUUCGUCGUGAACAUCCUCAGACCACACUCCAAGGAGGCCGCAGCAGAGACCGAGAAAUCUGUCAAAGAGACUGCGGAGGCUUAUGAGAA